UUGAGUGUACUAAGUAGUGUACUGCCAAGCUGACCUCUCCUUAGAGCACUAUAUAAUCGCCUCUAGUAUGUUCAUAAGUCCCGUGUGUUCAUACUCUUCUGCAAUCGAAGGACUUUGAUGAGCCGACUCUGCACAUCCACCAAGUCUUAUGAUAAAGCAAUGCGACUACUGGCGUUGAUUGCCAUUAACUGGACUGAUGAGUCACAAUUUUUGCCGAUCUACUUCUUUCUACAGCCCAUACAACAGGCUCUCUUUCAGCCCCCAAGGGCCCCUCCUUAGGUUUCAUUGGCCUGACAGUACUUCAAUCAGUUGAUUCAAAUCAAAUGACAGUGUCGCGAAGCUGUGUAGCCAAUGGUUGAUCCUGUGACCGCGCUCGCGAUUGCGGGGAAUGUUGCCCAGUUUCUGGAGACUGCAUACAAACUCGGAUCGCGGAUCAAGUUGUAUUGCAGCAACUCAAGCUCUGCUCCUGCCUUUUUUCACGAGCUUGCGGUUCAGAUCCCGAUGUUGUGCUACCUUUUUGAGGACUGUCGGACGCUUAGAGCCGAGAACGUGGCUGAUCCAGAUAACCUGAUACCCGUUCUCGACGGAUGCCGACGAGUAAUCGAGUCUCUAGACCGGCUCGUUUCCUCCGUACUCCCUGACACUGACGAUGCUGUCGGUGUGAAGGUUUGGAAAGGUGUGAAGAGCGUUAAUAUACAAAAUAAAGUGCAAGAAUGCAAAGCGCAGCUAGAAAGCUAUAAGUCGACGCUCGCUCUUCAUUUGAGUGUUCUCACAGCCAAGCAGGCUAGUUCUUCGGUCGCUCAGGCUCUGCUUCCGCCCUUUCAUCAUGUUCCGGCUACCGGACGAUCCCGGUUCGUCGGUUGUGAAGAUAUUCUCCAGUCUAUCAAUCAAGCACUGAAACCAGGUGGGCGAGAUCCUCGCAUUGCUAUCUUGUUGGGUAUGGGCGGCCAGGGAAAGACGUCAUUGGCUUUAGAAUACUGUCGACGAGAAAUCGUGAGCCGGCAUUUCAAGUUUAUUAUUUGGGUUGACAGCAGCACCCCCGCGGCACUUGAACGAAGCCUUGCUCAAGUUGCGGAAAAUAUUGCCGCUGUCUCUAACGAUAAGCGAACGUUUAACAAUUCUAGAGCUCAUAUAAGCUUUCUUAAAAUGACCAUCGAAACGGCCGGAACACCAUGGCUUUAUGUCAUAGACAACUUUGAUAGCCCGUCAUUGUUCAAGAAUAUCCUCGACGUGACUCCGCAUUCCGCCUCCGGAGCUGUACUGUUCACUUCGCGCCACAAUAGUUGUGUAUCCCUUGGAACACCUAUUACAAUUCCCGGGAUGACUCAACAUGACGGGACGGAACUUCUUCUACAACGUGCAGGGCUUGACCGUACUAUUUCAAAUUUAGAGCAAGCCAAAAAGGUUGUUGACAUGCUCGGUCACCUACCCUUGGCCAUAGAUCAAUCAGCAGCUUACAUCAGAUCAAGAAGAAUAUCCCCCGCCGAGUUUAUCAAUCAUUAUGAGAAGAGAAGGGAGAAGGUAUUGCAGCAUAUCCCAAAUGUUUGGGACUACCACCGCAUUGUUGAUGGCGAAGAAGAGGAGACACCGGUUUCUGUCUUUGGGACGUGGGAGCUGUCUCUUCAGCAGGCCUUAAAACAAAGUCAGGAUGAGAAGGCGACAGUGGAGUUUAUUACAGGCGUUGCCUUCUUCAACAACCUGGACAUAAGGAUGGAAAUGUUCCAAGCUGCAUUUGAACGUGCGAAGCAGCCCUUUGAGUGGCUGAGUCUUUUCGCAAUUGAUGAUGAGUGGGACGAGUACGAAUACCAAGACGCAAUCACAACACUCGCUGAGUUAUCUUUGAUACAGUAUCGCACAUCUCAUGAACGACCAGGCGAGGAUGAUCGUGAAGAAGGUAUCGGUCACCACUCAUUCUCAUUCCACCCACUUGUUCGAGAUUGGAUUCAGUUGAGAAUCCCCGCAGCUGAGAGGCGAGUGCAUGUGCGCCGCGCGCUCGAGAUAUUACGAUACUACAUUGAGUCGUCAGGGAACGACUACUAUAAAUGGACUCUAAAGGAACGAAGAGCCGCAAUGUCCCACAUUGACGCUUGCAUUGAGGGCCAACUGAAAUACAUUCGAGAGUGGUCUGAAGAAGAGUACUGCGUUGUUAGGGACGCCCUGGUCGUAAUCUAUCAGUUUUAUGCCGAUAGUGGACGAUAUCCAGAGGCUGAGACUGUCUGUCGCCAAAUAUUAGACCAUGACAAGAGGCUCAGGGGCGAAUCUAGUGAGGCAUUCAUAGAUUCUGAAAUUAGGCUGACUGACAUCUACUUUCUACGAGGGGCAUACCACGAAGCGGAGGAUAUUCUUACCCGGCUUCGACCUAACGCUGAACAGUACCCAGUGGAGAUGAGAGUAUCCGUGACGAAGAACCUAGCAAAGAUAUUUUUCAAGCUAGGACGCUACGAUGAGGCAGUUGAACAAUAUGAAGAUGUACUAGCCAGACAGGAAGCUUUACUCCCAAAUGGAGACUUUGGUAUGCUAGAUACACGCCAUCUCCUCGCACAAGUGUACCGCAACCAGGGUAAGCAUGCAGAAGCUAUCGAGAUAUAUGUGAAUAUUCUCGAAGUGUAUCAUGCAGCUGGUCUGGACGAUCAUUUAGGCGCUCUUCAGUGCACGGUUGACCUCGCCGGUGCGUACCGGGCUCUAGCGCAGUACUCACGAGCUGCCGAGCAUUAUGACCGCGCAAUCGCAAGCAUCUCCAUCCGACUGAAUGCCGACCAUCCCAUCGCUUUAUCCGCGCGUCUUGUCCGUGCAAUUAACUUACGGGAGCUCAAUCGCAUUGAAGAGGCCGAGGAGGCUUUCCGCGACACUGUCGAACGUUUUGGCAGGAUCCUCGGUUCGUUUCACCAGGACACGCUCCGAGCAAUUAUGAAUUUCGCUAUUCUCUACGACCGCUCAGGUCGACCGGAGCGUGCUGAAGAGCUCUAUCGCGCGGCGUUGACCGGCCGCGAGAAGAUUAUGGGGUUCGAUAACCAGUACACCAUGCGAACAGUCGAACGUUUAGUCAGCCUAUUAUGGUCGCAAGACCGCUGCGACGAAGCUGAAACUCUCGCGUUACGGGCCCUUCGCGCCCAACGUAAGUCGUCGCUCGAAGAGGAUAUGCCCUUCUUGAGAAUUGCGAGCGAUGAACAGAGUGAUAAGAGGCCUUACUGGCCGGUUGAGGUCUUAUUCACACGGGCUGUGGAGAGAGACAGGAAGCUGCUAGGCGAAACGCACACAGACCGAGUGGAGGCUGAGCACUCUCUGUCUGCUGUGUAUAUGAAGCAAGGUUUGGAUGCCCACGCAACAAAUUCUUCUGAGAUAGUAGACAGUGGCAUAGAUGCUGGCCGUCAGAAACUCGUAUUACUAGUAUCUGAGCAAAGGAAGAAUUCAGAUCCACCGCCGCCGUAUUCUGCUUCCGAGGAAAGCAAGAAACCUCAAACAAAUGAAACAAUUCUUGAAAUCAACCAAGCCGAGCCUUGAGACAUAAGAUCAUGUAUUCAGUUUGGAUAUUACGACCCGUGGAACUGGCAUACAACUGG